CUCGAGCUUAAUUACCAUUUUACCGUCGCGCCAGUUCCUCCCUGGCGUUCUUUGAAGCUCCAGACUCUACCGUCGCGAUUCUCUCCCACUCUCUCUCUCUCUCCGUGGGAAUCAAUCUCCUGUAGGGGGGAGCUUCUUCGAUGGCGGCAAUCGGCAAUCUCGCCGGCCAGCUCAUGGAGGACGAGGAAGAAGCGGCAAGGAGGACCAGAGUAUUCGGAGCCCUGAAGACCUACUGCACUGAGCUGCUGCAGCUCAUACAGAGCCCCAAGCACCAGUCUCCUGCAAUCCCCGCCCUCCUCGAUUUCCUCCGCAGCUCGUCCUCCGACGACCUCCAGCCCUUCUUCGACUACACAUUGUUCCCGCUGCUUCUGCUUUUAGAUGCAGCAAUUGCCUGCAGAUCCUCGGAGAAAAUCGAUUCGGAUGAUAGACAUAAAGCCCCGGAUUCACCUUAUGUAGUGAGUGAUAUUGUAGCAGAGGGUGUUGUAAACUGUCUGGAGGAACUUCUUAAGAAGUGUCGGCUAGGGAUGCUGAAUCAGAUGGUUGCGGUAUUGAAGAAAUUGACACAUGGGGCUUUGCUUUCGCCAUCUGAGGCCACUGAAGAGUUCCGUGAAGGAAUAAUAAAGUGUUUCAGGGCGCUUCUUAUGAAUUUAUGUCCAUGCUCUGAUGAUGCUUGCUCGUGCAAACAAAUCACUGGUGUGCCUGCACUAUUAAUGGGGGAAGAAAUGCAGAGUCACUUAGCCAGACCGUCAACCUGCAGAGUGGGGGCUGAGGAGUGUCUUCUUGCAUUUCUUCAGUCCCAAGAUGCAGCUGCUGCUGUUGGUCAUUGGUUGUCGCUUCUCCUUAAAGCAGCUGAUGUUGAGGCUGUGCGUGGACAUCGAGGGAGUGCAAGGCUCCGUAUUGAAGCAUUUCUUGCUCUGCGGGUUCUUGUUGCCAAGGUUGGCACUGCAGAUGCCCUGGCUUUCUUUCUACCUGGUGUUGUUAGUCAAUUUACGAAGGUACUGUAUGCCUCAAAAACAAUGAUGAGUGGUGCUGCUGGAAAUCUAGAAGCUAUGGACCAUGCGAUCAGGGGAUUGGCCGAGUAUCUCAUGAUUGUACUUCAGGAUGAUGCUAAUGCAUCUGGCAUAGAUUUGCCCUUGAAUCCCACUGCCGAGGCUAACUCUAAAAUGCAUCACUCAGCAUAUAAAUUUCUGGAGGAACUUCGCCAGUUACCUGCUAAAGAUCAAGGUAAUAAAGAGAUUAUAGCUGAAGAGUCAGGAGAGGAAGCUAAAAUAAAAGUAACAACGGACAUUGAAUGCCAAAAUCAAGUUGUGGACCCUGGCAAAGGGUUUGGAUCCUUUCAUGUAUACCGUACAAAAGAUUGGAUUGCCAAAACUUCGGCAAAUGUGCAGAAACUGUUGACUGCAACUUUUCCACAAAUUUCUGUUCAUCCGUCAACAAGGUUGAGACGAGGGCUUCUAGCAGCUAUACGAGGACUAUUAUCGGAGUGUUAUUACUCAUUAAAAGAGAGUAGAGUGAUGCUUUUGGAAUGCCUAUGUGUUUUAGUGGUUGAUGAUUCUGAAGAAGUUGCUGCAUCUGCCCAGGAGUUCCUUGAAUAUUUAUUCUCUUCUAAUAAAACAUUGAAUGUUGAGCAUGAUAUUGUGGAGAUUUUAAGCAGGUUAAUUGAGAAGCUUCCAAAAGUUGUUCUUGGGAGUGAGGAGUCUCUUGCACUAUCACAUGCUCAGCAGUUGCUUGUUGUCUUAUAUUACUCCGGACCUCUACUUGUGGUGGAUCAGCUCCUCCAUUCUCCAGUUACAGCAGCUCGAUUUUUGGACGUUCUUUCAAUCUGUCUGAGUCACAAUUCGGCGUUUAAGGGUUCUCUUGAUAAGCUUGUGUUGGCAAGGCCAUCAGGAUACCUCCCUGCUGUUGCAGAGCUGAAGGCCCAAUCUUAUUCUUCUAAGGAUUGUCAGAUAUCGUUGAGUUCUAAUGUGCAUGAAGUUUCUGAGCAAAGUGUUACGCAACAAAGACUUGGAGUUCUACAAAAGAGCUAUGAGCUUCCACGCAUGCCCCCUUGGUUUGUCUAUGUUGGCAGUCAGAAAUUGUACCUGACCCUUGCUCAGAUUCUUAGACUUGUAGGUUUAUCUUUAAUGGCAGAUUCGAGAAGUCGAGGGCAUCUGUCAGUUGUUGCUGAUAUUCCUCUAGGCUACAUGCGUAAAUUAGUUUCUGAGGUGCGAAUGAGGGAUUACAGUGGAGAGGGUUGGCAGUCUUGGUACAAGAGAUCUGGAUCAGGACAAUUAUUGCGCCAGGCCAGUAUUGCUGUUUGUAUUCUAAAUGAAAUGAUAUUUGGCUUAUCAGAUGAGGCAGUUAAAAAUUUGAAGCAGAUGUUCCAUAAGCCUACCACAAGGGGAGACGAUUUUCCAAGAGAGCAUCCGGUUAUGGAUCGACGUUCCUGGGAGAUCCCAAAAGAUGAGGGAGCUAGAGGUCUGUUGAUUGAUUGCAUCGGCAGAAUCUUACAUGAAUAUCUAUCUCCUGAACUUUGGAAUCUUCCACUUGAAUGUGGAUCCUCCACUGUAGAAUCUGAUGGUGAGGUUGGGCAAAUCCCCUUGCACUUGUUCACUGAUGCUGCCAUGCUGCAACAGGUUAUCAUUGAGGGUAUAGGAAUCUUUAAUAUGUGUCUUGGAAAACAUUUUGCUUCCAGUGGAUUCCUCCAUUCAUCUCUUUAUCUGUUGCUUGAGAACCUGGUUUCCUCUAACUUUCAUGUUAGAAAUGCUUCUGAUGCUGUUCUACAUGUCAUUUCUCUUACAUCUGGCUAUACAACGGUUGGAGAAUUAGUUUUGGCAAAUGCAGACUAUGUAAUAGACUCUAUAUGUCGGCAACUCUGUCAUCUAGAUCUCAAUCCUCAUGUGCCUAAUGUCCUUGCGGCCAUGCUUUCUUAUAUUGGAGUGACAGAGAAGAUACUGCCUCUGUUGGAAGAACCUAUGCACUCUGUUUCUCUCGAACUCGAGAUUCUGGGCAGGCAUAAACAUCCAGAUUUGACAAUCCCCUUUCUAAAGGCUGUAGCAGAGAUUGCAAAGUCAUUGAAGCGUGAGGCUGCCUCUUUGCUUGUCGAAUCAGAGUCCUUUUUCAAACAAGUUGAGCUGCAAAUUUCUGAUAUGGAGCAAAAAUCGCAGACUGAUUCCAGGCGAGGUUCAGUGGUGGAUGAUAAUGGUGGAUGUUCCUCUUGGAAGGAAUCAGAACAAUUGGAGGCAAUAAUAUUUAAGUUGAAUAAUUCAAAAAGGUAUCGACGAACAGUUGGAUCAAUUGCCGCUUCAUGUUUGACUGCUGCAACCCCCUUGCUUGCUUCAUCGGGGCAGGCAGCAUGCUUGGUGGCACUUGAUAUCAUUGAGGAUGGAAUUUCGACACUGGCAAAUGUUGAAGCAGCUUACAGGCAUGAAAAAGGAACGAAAGAGGCAAUUGAAGAGGUCAUCCAAUCACAUUCCCUUUACCAGCUUCAAGACACUAUGGAUGUUGCUGAUGAAGAGACAGAUGAGAACAGGCUACUCCCGGCAAUGAACCGGAUAUGGCCAUUUCUGGUGGCUUGUGUUCGAAACACUGAUCCAGUGGUCAUGCGGAGAUGCGUGGGUGCCGUAAGCUGUUGUGUGCAGAUAUGUGGAGGAGAUUUCUUCUCCCGCCGCUUCCACACUGAUGGGUCCCACUUUUGGCGACUCCUUACGACAUCCCCAUUUCUCCGGAAAGCUGACCCAAAAGAAGAUAGGAUCCCUCUGCGGCUUCCUUAUCGGAGCUAUCCUUCAGAGGAGUCGUAUGCUGAAGUUUCCAGUCUCAAAGUCCAGGUUGCAGUGCUCAACAUGAUUGCAGACCUGUCACGAAACAAGAGGAGCUCUUCGGCCUUGGCUGUGGUCCUCAAGAAGGUUAGCGGUCUUGUUGUGGGCAUCGCUUGUAGUGGUGUGUUAGGGCUUCGCAAUGCUUCUAUAAAUGCCUUGCAUGGGCUUGCAUGUAUAGAUCCCGAUCUUUUAUGGUUGCUCUUAGCUGAUGUUUAUUUCUCGUUGAAGAAAGACCUGCCUUUCCCCUCCAACAUCGAGUUCCCGGGACUUGAUGAAAUCUUGCCUCCACCCUCGUCAUCAAACCAGUACCUUUAUGUACAGUACGGGGGACGGAGUUACGGGUUUGAUGUUAGCUUGUCUUCUGUAGAGACUGUACUUGAGAAGCUGCGUCCCCUUGUUUUUAUCGACCAAAUGUACAGUUGAGAGAAUUUACCGAUUCUAUUUUUAUCCUUAUCUUCAUGUCGAUAAAUGUUAA